AUGCUGCUCAUAAUGAGUCAAGGAAAUUCAGAUAAUCAAGCGACGUCACUAAAAUUCAUCAAAGCCCUGGUCCUGAUCUCUUGUAUCGGCGUGGUGAUCACUUUGUUGCAGCAUUUCAACUCAAUUCAGAUCAUUCACUUUGUGUUUGCUGGGAGACCGGACAAUACAUCUGGCAUCCCAAGCAUAGACCCAGAUGAUUUCCGCGUCUUUCCUUCUCAGUCCUCACCGAAAGUGUCUGCAUCCCUAGUUGAUCUGGAAUCGCUCGACUGGCCCGAAGACCCAGUUGCAGCGCAUCCAGCAAGGAAUACAAAUCUCCGAGGGGAAUUCCUUCCACUUCCUCCAGCCUAUGAACCAGUGAUGAGCGACGCACAACGAAAACUAACCAGAAGACUGCUACAUACAUUCUCCGAAACCAUGUUUGCCAAUGGUUUGGGGGACCGGUUCAUGUUGUACGGUGGGACACUAUUGGGUUCCUAUCGACAUCAUGAUUUUAUUCCAUGGGACGAUGAUGCUGAUGUUCUUGUGGAUGUGUCAAUUCGAGACAAAGUUAGACAAAUUCUGUUCAAACUCCGUCCUCACUACAAUCUUUAUACCAGUGAACCCAGGGACAAACUUUAUGGACCGCUCAUUAACCAAGCGGAGAAAGAGCUGGAUGUAGAAAAAAGUCGACCCGUACGCAUGUAUGGAUGGCCUUUCAUGGACAUUUGUUAUUUCACAUCAAACGGAACGCAUGUGAAGGAUAUUGCUUCAUCACCCGCACAGCGUUUCAUCUGGCCGCAUGAAAUAGUGUUUCCGCUGUAUUUCCGACCGUUCGGUAGACACUGGUUCCCUGCACCGCGAGAUACAUGGCUUUUCAACCGCAUAAAAUAUGGAUUAGUCGAACGCUGUUUGAAAUUUGGCUAUUCACAUGUAAGAGAGGCUAACGCGAAAUUCGCCGCUGUGAUGUGUCGCCAGUUGGCGCACAAAUAUCCAUUUGUUGAACACACUCCUUGUCGCGGUGUAAGUAGUAAGCAAACAGAAAUGAAUUUUGAUAUGGUUGUGGCUGAAGAGAGACUCGUGUUGCACGUUAACUCGAAUUAUACCCGUACCUACCAUUCUCUGUGCCUGGCUGUUCCAAGGAAUCGUGUGAAAACCCAGAUAGUCUUUGUCUGA